AUGUUGAGAAUAAUUCUUUCUUCAUUUUUUGUUCGGCUUUUUUCAGAUACUUACUUGUCGAAUUGGAGUGUUUUCUUAAUGUUGCUGAAAUUUAUAAUAUAUUUUGAAAAGUUCCUCAUUUGAAGCCCUGUCUCCUUCAAAGAAAGGAGAAAAAGAGUCCUCACUGUAAGAACCUUUCCAUUAAAAAAAGUUGAAAAAGAUGAAGAUUUAAAAAAUUUUAGCAUUUAA